ACCAAAAGAAGGCGAAGGUGGCGCCAGGGAUAAGGAGAGGUGGGCGGGCGAAAGGAAGGGCAGGCCCUCCGGUGACGCAGAUUGGCCCUCCAGAGACGGGGCGGCCUUUUCUUAGGCGGCGUCACCCCCAAACCCCAGCACUGCCAUUCCGGGUCCUUACAGGGGAGACCGCGAUUCUAAGAAGCAGCCAAGCCCAGGGCUGGCCUGAAGCCCCCGGACGGCAGUGCCCAGCAGGCAGCGCCCAGCACCCUGACUCCCACCUCCCAGUGGCCCCAAAGGAGAACAGCUGCCAUGCACAUCCCCGAAAGCCUCCAGGACCUGGCCAGCAGCGAAGCCGUGCAGUUUCUGAGAAGGCCCAAGACCAUCACGCGGGUCUUCGAGGGGGUCUUCUCCCUGAUUAUCUUCUCCUCCCUGCUGACCGAUGGCUACCAGAACAAGAUGGAGUCUCCGCAGCUCCAUUGCAUUCUCAACAGCAACAACGUGGCCUGCAGCUUUGCCGUGGGAGCCAGCUUCCUGGCCUUCCUCAGCUGCCUGGCCUUCCUCGUCCUGGACACCCAGGAGACCCACAUUGCUGACACCCGCUUCAAGACAGCUUUCCAGCUUCUGGACCUCAUCCUGGCUGUUCUCUGGGCAGUUGUCUGGUUCGUGGGUUUCUCCUUCCUGGCCAACCAGUGGCAGCAUUCACCGCCCAAAGAGUUCCUCCUGGGGAGCAGCAGUGCCCAGGCGGCCAUCGCCUUCACCUUCUUCUCCAUCCUUGUCUGGAUAUUCCAGGCCUACCUGGCAUUCCAGGACCUCCGAAAUGAUGCUCCAGUCCCCUACAAGCGCUCCCCGGAUGAGGGCGGCAUGGUGCUGACCACCCUCCCCUCGCCCUCCGCCACCAGCCCUAUGAACAUGCCCACCACUGGCCCCAACAGCCUGAGUUAUGCCAGCUCUGCCCUGUCCCCCUGUCUGACCGCUCCAAAGGCCCCCCGCCUCGCUAUGAUGCCCGACAACUAAAUAUCCUUAUCCACAUCAAUAAAGAGAGAAUCCUCCCUCCAGAAGGGUUUCUAAAAACAGCC